AUGGAAUCCCUGUGGCUGAGCCCAGAUAAGAAAGUCCCGGUCGGCUGCAGUCUGAAGUGUUUUGAGAGCAUAGCGACUGGGUUUCCAGACAGAUGGUGGAAUCAGUUGGAUCUGGCCAUCGUGUUGCUGUCAGUGAUGGGCAUCACUCUGGAGGAGAUCGACUACAGCGCUUCUCUCCCCAUCAACCCUACCAUCAUACGCAUCAUGAGGGUGUUGAGGAUCGCACGAGUUCUGAAGCUGCUGAAGAUGGCUAAAGGAAUGAGAGCUCUGCUGGAUACAGUGGUCCAAGCCCUACCACAGGUGGGGAACCUGGGCCUCCUCUUCAUGCUCCUGUUCUUCAUCUAUGCAGCACUGGGGGUUGAGCUGUUUGGAGAACUGGUGUGUAACGAGGACUACCCAUGUGAGGGGAUGAGCCGCCAUGCUACCUUUGAGAACUUUGGCAUGGCCUUCCUCACUCUGUUCCAGGUCUCCACUGGGGACAACUGGAAUGGGAUCAUGAAGGACACGUUGAGGGAGUGCCCUCCGGACUACGGGCCUGACUACUCCUGCAACCCCAGCCUGCAGUUCAUCUCUCCCAUGUACUUUGUGUCCUUUGUGUUGACGGCCCAGUUCGUCCUGAUUAACGUGGUGGUGGCGGUGUUGAUGAAGCACCUGGACGACUCCAACAAGGAGGCCAAGGAGGAGGCGGAGAUGGACGCUGAGAUUGAGCUGGAGCUGGCCACGGGGGCCCUAUGCUGCAUGGGGCCGGAGGGAGUCUGUGCAGGAGGGAAAAAAGGUGGAGGAGCAGGGGGAGGUGGGGGGGGACGUGGGGGAGUUGGAGGAGGAGUGGAUAGAGGGAUGGGAGUCCCAGGCAGUUCCUCCGGGGGGAAUAUGCAAUAUCACGUGGCAACGACGCAUCCAGGAACACUGCAAGAUCCGAACAAUCGUGAUCCCUACUCUCCUGCACAGGAGAGUCAGUGGCUGGACAGUGUGUCUCUGCUGAUUAAGGACUCAUUUGAAGGAGAGAUGCUGAUGAUUGACAACCUCUCUGGAUCUGUCUUCCAUCACUACUCUUCUACCUCUUCUCCUGUCUGGAAGGACUGUAAGAGCCACCCACAACUAGAGCAGAUCCGGCUGGCAGAGAUAGAGCAGGCAUCUCUGAGGUCAGACCAAAUGUCAGACAAGUCGUCGUCUCCGGCCCUACCUGAUGACCUCAGCCUGGACGACCAGAGUGUCCACCAGCUGCUGGUGCGGGAGGGAAAGGAGGAGAGGGGCAGUGACUCCCAGGGCUCAGAGGAGGCUGGCGGAGGAGAGGACUCCUUCACCCAGGCCCAGACAGGGGGGUCGAGGCACUGCGGGGCCCACAGUUCAGUAGCCGAGGAGGGGGCUCCACUCCUAGUGGAGGUGGGGGUCCAUCAGAGACACAAGACCCCAUCCCACCACAGCCCUGGUGGCACCUCCUGUAGUAGCACUAAGGCAGGAGAAGGAUCAGAUGAGGGAGGAAGAGGAGGAGGAAGAGUAGGAGCGGCCAGUGCCUCUGGUUCUCCUGCUCUUAUCCGUCUGCCAGCGGAGUUCUUCCACCCCGUGGCAGCAGCGGCCCUGCCGGCGCCCCCCAGGGCCAGAGAAGGGCGCCCCUCACGGGGCCUCAGACUCACCUCCCCGGCCUCCUGGUCCUCCCUGCUCACCCAAGGAGCCAACAGCCGGGUGCUCUGCACGCAGUACCCGUCCCAUAGUGACUCGUCUCUGGCCAAGGGGAGCUCCGAUGGCAGCCUCCAGACCACCCUAGAGGAAGGACUCAGCUUCAGUGUUUCGCCCCCUCAAGACCUGGUGUCCCCCCUCGCUCCUCUUCCCCUGCUCUGCCCCCCGCUCCCUGAGGACCCCACCAGCUGCCCCCCAGGCCAGACUCUGAGACCGCGGCCCAGCCCCUCGUCAGGCCCUGCCCUCACCCUCCAGGCCACUCGGGGCCACCAGCGGAGCCAGAGCAGCGGCAGGGGUAGCAUCAGCCCCGGCUACACCCGGGAAGACUCCAUGGACCCCGUUCCAUGUGACCUGGAGGACCUGGGCAUCGGCAUCAGUUUGUCUAUCGGGGGGUGUGGCUCCAGCCAGGCGGGUAACAGCGAACACUUGUCGGAGACGCUAAGCAGUCUGUCGCUCACAUCGUUGCUCUCGCCCGCCUCCCUGGCACCGUCGGGGGUGAAGAAAUGCAACAGCACUGGGAGCUUGAAUCAGGGGGCGAGGAGGGGGGAGGGGAGACAGAUCCUAGGGUUGGAGUUGGACCACCAGGGCUUCCUGGCCAACCCUUGGGGAGAGAGUGGGGGAAGCAAAGGAGAGGAGGGACAGUUGGGAGAGGCGCCGGACCUCAAGGGGAAAAGCUCAAGCCAAACAACAGUAGGGUCCUGUAGUAAAAACAGAUGAAGCCUGAAUCCCUUGUUGUCUACUACCGCUCCUAUUAGGAUUCAUCAACCCCUUACUGUUCCUCUCCGUCCCCCUCAGGCAGAGAGAAGUUUGACGUUUUUGACAACGUGUGAUGUAAUCCCGUGAAUUCCUAUAACCAAACCCCUCCCUCGAGCUCUAUAAAUAUUUGUUUAUGACCCCCCCUGUCCCAUUUUGUGCUACCCUGUGGCAGUGGUUCAGGUGUGGAGGGUCAGAGGUCAAACGGUGGAAGGAUAAAGGGGAUUACAGGUGUGACCCCUGUGGUGGGGGUGUGGGGGGCUGGGAUGGACCCCCCAUCAUACCCCUGUGGAGGAGAAGGACCCCCAGAGGAGGAGACAGACCAGGAGGGCUGCAUCAUCAUAUCAGGGAGAUAUACAUAGAAGACGUAGCCAGAGACAAGCUGAGACAGAGAUCUAACGAGAACAUUUUGUCUGAACGUCCUGUUUGUUUUCAUUUUUUGUUCGGCUUCACAGAAGUUUAAAAUGCAAAAAUAGAAUAUCUAACAAAACUGAGCUGAUCAAGCCAACAGAUUUGAUUUAUUUUUCAGUGUGGCUGUAAAUCACAGUGUAGGAGGAGGCUGUAUGUACGUUGCAGUGUAGGAUAAGCCUGAAUGUACGUGACGGUGUAGGAGGGCUGAAGCCAGAUCUGUUGUGGUAGACGGAGGCUACAGGUCCUUGUGUGUGGAGUGAAAGAGGGGUGAGGAGAUCUAGGCUGAACAGAGGUAGUGUAGAGGUCACCUGAGAAGGAGUUGUUAUAGUGGAAGAGCUGAGACUUAGGUAGCAAAAGCAUGCGUUAACUUAUCAUCACCAUCACCAUCAUCAUCAUCAUUCCCUCCAUCGGUACUUUUCAGGAAGGAGUGUGUGUGUGUGUGUGUGUGUGUGUGUGUGUGUGUGUGUGUGUGUGUGUGUGUGUGUGUGUGUGUGUGUGUGUGUGUGUGUGUGUGUGUGUGUGUGUGUGUGUGUGUGUGUGUGUGUGUGUGUGUGUGUGUGUGUGUGUGUGUGUGUGUGUGUGUGAUAGUACAACAGGAAAAAGAGAGACAGAGAGAUAGAGACCAUACUCAGAUCCCACUCAUGCAUGCAACAGUUUGUGAAAUAGGCUCUUUUAUCCCAACGUCACUCACUCAGAGAGAAGGACAGGGAGUGAAUGAGAGAGACAGGACAGCCUGCUAUAUUCACUCACAGUAGCAAAUUCUCUCUGUCAAAGACACUGACCCUCCUGAGACAAACAACCUGAGGAGACGAGACAAGCACCAUUCACUCUGGGAGAUGAUAAACUCACACCUGCAUACAGUUCCUUCACAAUGGAAGGUGUGUGAAAUUCAAACCUGUCACUUCUUUCUCUUUGUCACUUUGCCAAAGUAAGAAAGGAAGAAUAUAUCAGAGAUAUGAAUUCCAGACCAAUAGAACCUCCUAGAAGAUGGAGGCAGUUUGCCUGCAUGAUGGAAUUAUUGCAUUUUACCCAAGAGUUUUAAUAUAUAUACCGAAGUGUAUCAAGAUGUCAAUGUUGGGAUGAUAAUUAUAAAGUGGUUUCUAUUCCAAUAUUUUUUUAGAAUCCAGAAUAGGAGCGUGACAGUGUUGUCAUGACUUUGUCCUUAACCUAUACCUUACCCGUACGAUUUCUCAUAUAACUUAUUGUCGAAAACCAUUUGUCUGCAGGUGGCUUUCACUUUUAUAAUGUGGGGUUAAAAAUAUAUACUUUUUAUUAUUAAAAGUGUGUGGAGAGAACAACCAAGCAAAAAAAUGUAAAUAAGCUCUGUGUGCUGAAGAAAAAGUUCCCUUGGGGACACGUAACUUUGGGAAUUUCGGUUCCUCCUGGAAUUUUGGAUUUUGGAAUCCCAAAUGAAGACCAAAGGAGGGAAGGGCCAUAAUUUCGCAGCACAGGAGAACAUUUCCUAAUCACAGACAUUCCCGGGACGAACAGGGAGUGUUGUCGCUUAGCUUAGCCUCCUAUGCUAACACCAAGAUGAAAAAACAUUGCUGAUCUUUUUGAAAGCUUUAAUUUGAGUGUCAUACCAAUACAUGAUGACACAUCUAAUUAUUGACACAUCAAUGUUCGUUAGCAUGGUUAUGGGAUUGCAAUAGGAUGCUUCUCCUUGUUUAAAAGAUACGCAAUUCACUCACCCAGUCUAUCUCUCUCUCUAACACACAUCUGUAGUAGCAAACCCUAGUUUUGAUAUCAAGCUGUCACUGUAACGAUGAAUAAACAUUGCAUCUUUUCCCAACCUUUUGGUAUGCCACUCAGUACAUCUGAGAUGAAGUGGCAAUCUUAGCCUGACCUAGAAUACACUUUUGUAUCCCUGGUGGGUUUUUUUUGGGGGGGGGUUCUCAUUGAGGUGAUGAGCAAAGUUCGGUUUGAUCUGUUUAAUGAACUUCAUUGACAUUUAAUUGAAUCACUGGUGAUUGUCUUUAACAUGUUUGUAACAUGUGGGAUAUCAGUAAGUGAUUAUUGCUAUGGGUUGUCUGUUACUAUAACUUCAGGAGAUGCCACUUUAUUAUUAUAGUCCACACCUGGACCGUCUUGGUUAAUGGUGGUGGGAAUAGGUAGAAGUUGCCCCUAACCACUGAUACAAGGUCAGAUAUUAGUUCAUCCCCUUAAUCUUUAAGGUUAGAAUAAAGGGUUGGGUAAUCUGAUUCUAGAUCUGUGGUUAGGGGCGACCUCAACCUCCAGGUGUAAAACAUGAGCGUGUGGGUUGACAGGAACCAUAACGUGACCUUGAAGGGCUGUUUUAGCUUCAAAGAUGUUCUCAUAAAUGACCAGAUAAAUCUCUAAGUCAAUGAAUAUGGCAUCAAAGGUAAGCCCAACGGCACAGCAAUAAAUGUUCUUAUGUGUUUGCCCUGA